CGCUCUGUGGAGCCACCACUUCGGAGUCUCCCUCCCGCGAAAGCCAAUUCGCCAGGCAGAAGGAGUGGCAAAGGGCGAGCGCGAGGCUCCCGGGCACGCUCGCUCGCUCGCUCGCGCCUCUCCCCUCUUUUCCCCUCCUCGCCCUGCGCCCCUCCCUUCCCCGGCGGGAAGCAGAGCCGCCCGCCCGCCGGCCGCCGAUUGGAAGUUCCUCGCCCAAGCUGCCGCGCGUCCUAUUGGAGUCGGCUUUCCACAAUGCGGGCUUCAAAAAUGGCCCUGGGCAGCCGGGGAGGGAAGAGAGGAAGGGAAGCGCUGGCUGGCCGAGACUAGCGAGCGCGGCGCCGAGGCAGUUUAUCCCUCCCAGCGGAGUGUCACACGGCCGGCCUUUCGGAGCGGAGGGGAUGGUCGCCGAUUUUUGGCCUGACUUCGGUGCCGCUGGAAUGGAGCCGUUUUUCUAACGGGGCCGCCUCCGUCCAGGGGCAAAGCGCGCCUCCUCAGGGCUAAGUCGGCUUAUUCCGCGCGGCUGCCUUUCCUGCCGGAGAUGCGGUGAGGAGGCAGGAUGUCCGAAGCAGCUCUCGGGACAGCCCUGGGACGCGCUCGGCGCUGAAGGAGGAGGGCCAGCCGGAGCUUUUGGGCUGCUCUUCCGAGGCGCUCGCCUCACCUGCCCAAAGCCCUUCCUCCCCAUUCCCCAUGUGGGAUUCUCUCCGGGAGUCCUUCGACGGGCGUGAGCGCCCGAGCGCCAGGCGAGGAAGCACACCUGCCCAUGGAGUUCCCGAAUGGGACCGCCGUCCCGUAGCCGGAGCAGAGCGUGAACCCCGAGCAAGCCUGGCUCUCUCCCUCCCACCUUUUUAUUAGACCCCCACGUCCCGCUGCCCCCCUCCCAAACCCGUCCCCCUCCUUCGGCAGCAUGGUCUCUGCCCUGCGGUCGAUCGGGUCUACCGCUCCCCUAUCAGGGCUGCUGCCAUUCCUCGCCACCCUUUCGACGAGACUGUCAGGAGGAGAUCACCGUGGGGGCAGUCGGAAAAUACGCUAAUCGAUCGUCCUCAGCGAGAAUUUGCUCCCCCCCCCACUCUCCCCCUCCCCCCUUUUUUUUCUUUUAAAGAAGAAGAUCGGGAGCCGUUUCGCAGAGACAGGUAUUUCUGCUGCUCUUCCGCACCCUCUUCCCCCUCCCCGCGUCUCCUCCUCCUUCUCCCCAAAGGACACUAGACGAGAACUUUUACAGGGUUUACUAUGCAAUUGCGACUGGUUUCUUGGUUCUUUAUCACUUGGAACUUAAUGGAAUACGUUGGCGGCCAGGAGCAACCUUCCAGAGUCCGACGACAGGGAAGAAUGCAUCGCAAUAUGAACCAAGCUUGUCAAGGCGGAUGUGCAACAUGUUCUGAAUACAAUGGAUGUGUGACAUGUAAACCUAGACUCUUCAUUUUUCUGGAGAGGAUUCGCAUGAAACAGAUUGGGGUGUGUCUUUCAUCCUGUCCUCCUGGGUAUUUUGGACAACGAUCCCCAGAACGAAAUGAGUGUAUAAAAUGUAAAGCUGAUUGUGAAGCCUGCUUUAAUCAAAAUUUCUGCACGAAAUGUAAAAAUGGAUUUUACUUACACCUUGGAAAGUGCCUUGAAAAUUGCCCUGACAGGCUGGAACCCAACAACCACACUAUGGAAUGCAAUGAUAUUGUGCAUUGUAAAAUUAAUGAAUGGAGCCAGUGGAGUCCUUGCACAAGGAAAGGAAAAACCUGUGGUUUCAAAAGGGGAAAUGAAACAAGAGUCAGAGAAAUCCUACAGCUUCCUUCAGUAAAAGGCAAAUUAUGCCCACAUACAAGCGAAACAAGAAAAUGUGUUGUACAAAAAAAGAAAUGUCAGAAAGGAGAAAAAGGGAGAAGAAAGGACAGACAAAAAAAACCAAAGAGAGAAGAAAGCAAAGAAACCAGUCAGGAAAACAGAGAUCAGGAAUCCAGACGUCAGAACAGAGAUCCAGAGAACAAAAACAAAAUGCAACUGAAGAAAAUAAGGGGCCAGGAUAAACAGCAGAAACUAGUUGCCAUCAGCACUACACACUAGCCACCUUACACCACUGUUUAAGACUAUUGCUGCUGCUAUCACUACCAGACCCCACCCCCACCCCCAGGGUCGGUGUUCCCCAAUUAUCACCAAUAGACAUUACAAGUUAUACUUAAACAACAUUCCAAUACUUAUUAUAUUCUUCAUGCAGUCAGAGUUUAAUUGGAAGACUGACAUGAAACAAGAUUUUUGUUUAGUUUUUUUUUUCUUCUUUAAACGGGAUACGUUCAACCUUAUAUUACAUGCUUUCAUGCAUCUCUUAAGGGUGUUUCAGCAGGUGGCACUGCCUGGUUGAUCUUGUCAGGCUUGGAAGCUCAGCAGGAUGCAGCUUGGUCAAGUUCUAUAAGAUUGGCAAAGCGGUAAGCAAAACUGGGAAGUGAUAAAAAUAAUCCAAAAAGGGAGUGGUAAACCAAUUCUGUACUCUUGCUGAGAAAGCUACGUGGAUGUGUCUCUGAAGUCACCAGGAAUCAAGUGGAUUCGAAGAGACUUUAGCUUUUAUCUCUAAGGGUCAAUUUAGAAGCUUGUAUAUAAUUAUCAAUAUGGUAUAAAGUAUAACAAUAUAUUGGACGACUACUUUUUCUUCUGUAAAGUAUUUUUUCAACCCAUUCUUUAUGAAGCAAAAAUACCUAAGUAAAGAUACAGUAUCCCUAGGUGCAUCAUUACAAUAUAUAUGUUGCAUAUGAAUUAAGAGAAGAAAGAAGAAAAUGUCUUAAGAAUUGAAUCUUCAAUACUGCUGUCUAUCAGAACUACGUUCACUGGAUUUUGCCACAGAUUCGUAUUGGAAAUUCCAGACUAAAUAGUUCUGAAGCUCUUAAGCAAAGGCACAAAAGAAAUGGAAGCCUCAGUAAACACAUUUGAAAGACAAACAAUGGCAUUAGGUAGCGCUAUUAUUUGCAAGAUAGCAGAAUAUUUUCUAUCAAAACUUUGAUCAUACAGCUGUUCUAUGCUUUAUAUCAUUCUUGUAACUGAAAUCUUCCAGUGACUGACAAAUUAUAUGGGGGGGAAAAAAGCAAAACACUGAGAGAAUAAAGAACAGAGAUGGGACAUCACACAAAUAGGACAUUUGCACUGAUGACUUUUUCAUCCCUCUUGUAAUUGAACAUUGUCACAGUCUGCUUUGUAAAUGGAGAAAAGUAUGCUGUUCUUUAGAAAUAUUUUAUCUAAUAAACUAAGGCCACUUUACCAAAUA